CAGGAACGGCUCCAGCUCCUUCGCAGCGUGGCUUCAUCCACUUAGCUGCUGUUCUCCCAGCUCACUUCGAUUUCUGAUUUAAUUCCAGGGUCCUCACUGAGCAGCGAGUCGUCCCCAGUGUCCUCCCCGGCCACCAACCACAGCUCCCCUGCCAGCACCCCCAAACGCGGCCCCAUGGGCCCCAUCAUUGUCCCCCCGGGGGGGCACAGCGUGCCCAGCACGCCGCCCGUCGUCACCAUCGCCCCCACCAAGACGGUCAACGGGGUCUGGAGGAGCGAGGGCAGGCAGGAAGCAGGCUCUCGAGGCAGCAGCAGCAGCAGCGCCGGCCGCGAGCGCCUCAUCUCGGAGCCCCCCCUCGCCCAGGAGAAGGCAGGGGGUCCCACUGUCCCCUCCCACCUCCUGGGGACGCCCUACUCCUUCGGGCUGCCCCCCAGCUCCGUGGUGCAGGACUCCCGCUUCCCGCCUCUCAACCUGCAGCGGCCGGUGCACCACGUGGUGCCUCCCAGCGCGGUGACCGAGGAUUACCUGCGGAGCUUCCGUCCCUACCACACGGCCGAGGAGCUGCGCAUGUCCUCCCUGCCGCCCCUCGGCCUCGACCCCGCCGCCGCCGCCGCCUACUACCACCCCAGCUACCUGGCGCAUCACCCCUUCCCUCAUCCUGCCUUCAGGAUGGAUGAGUCGUACUGCCUGUCGGCACUGAGGUCCCCCUUCUACCCGCUGCCAGCGCCGGGCUCGCUGCCCCCCCUGCACCCCUCGGCCAUGCACCUGCACCUCUCGGGGGUCCGGUACCCCCCCGAGCUCUCCCACUCCUCCCUCUCCGCCCUGCAGUCCGAGCGCAUCUCCAGCCUCGCCGCCGAGAGGCUGCAGAUGGACGAGGAGCUGCGGCAGAGGGAGCGGGAGAGGGAGCGGGAGAAGGAGCGGGAGCGAGAAGCCGACCGGGAGCGGGAGAAGGAGCGGGAGCGGGAGCGGGAGCGCGAGAAGGAGCUGGAGCGCGAGCGGGAGAAGGAGCGGGAGCGGGAGCUGGAGAGGCAGCGGGAGCGCGCCCGGGAGAAGGAGCUGAGCAUGGUGAAAGCCAUGGAGGGGCCCUUCCUCCCCGUGGCAGAGCUGCACGGGCUGCGGGGCCACCCGGCCGAGGAGCGGGGCAAGCCGGUGGAGCCGCUGGCGCCCAGCAGAGCAGACAAACUCAAGGACUCGGUGCUGCCCACGCCAAAGCCCAUCCAGCACCCUCUGCACCCCCCGCCGGGCUCCCACCACCCCGUGCCCAGCCUCAUCCCCAACCACAGCGUGUUCCCCCUGCCCGGCAGCAGCGCGGCCACGGCGCUGCUCAUCCACCGCACCAACGAGGAGGAGAAGUGGCUGGCCCGGCAGCGCCGCCUGCGCCAGGAGAAGGAGGAUCGCCAGUCCCAGGUCUCGGAGUUCCGGCAGCAAGUGUUGGAGCAGCACCUGGACAUAGGGCGUGCCCCGAGCCAAGCUGAGCCCGAGCACCGGCCCGAGCACCCCAGGUGCCAGGCGUUCCCGGUGCCCGACAUCUGCGUGGCGGCAGGCGCCGAGCCCGGGAGGUGGCUGGGGGCCAGCGGCGAGUGGCCAGUUUGGGGGGCAGCAGAGCGUGCCCACACCCCCGGAGUGAUUGACAGAGCCUUGCUGGCCCCCGUGGCUGAGCACUUAAGCGGGGGUCCCCGGCGCCUCCCCGAGCCCCACGCCCUCCACAGCCACCCAGCACCCUUCGAGCCCGGCCGCCAGGGCAUCCCACUGGUGAAGGUGGAGAGGGUCUUCUGCCCCGAGAAGCUGGAGGAGGGGCCGAGGAAGAGGGACACUCUGGAGAAAUACCCCCCGGGACGGGAGCCCGGCGCCCCGGAGCACGGGGCUUUCACCCACACCCCCUUCCUAGCUGAGCUGGAGAAGUCCACUCAGAGCAUUCUGAGCCAGCAGAGAGCCCCAACCACCCCGUUCCCCGAGCCCAGCAAGCCCAGCUCGCCCUACCGGCCCCCCCAGCCCCGCGCCCAGGACCCCAUGUACAUCUACGACGAGUUCGUGCAGCAGCACCGCAGGCUGGUCAGCAAACUGGACCUGGAGGAGCGCCGGCGGCGGGAGGCCCGGGAGAAAGGGUACUACUACGACCUGGAUGACUCCUGUGACGACAGCGACGAGGAGGAGGUGCGGGCCCAUCUCCGCUGCGUGGCUGAGCAGCCCCCGCUGAAGCUGGACACGUCCUCUGAGAAGCUGGAGUUCCUGCAGCUCUUCGGCCUGACCACGCAGCAGCAGAAGGAGGAACUGCUGAGCCAGAAGCGGCGCAAGCGGCGGCGGAUGCUGCGGGAGCGCAGCCCGUCCCCGCCCACGGUGCAGAACAAGCGCCGCACGCCCUCGCCGCGCCUCCCGCUCUCCACCCGCUACAGCCCCGACGAGAUGAACAACAGCCCCAACUUCGAGGAGAAGAAGCGCUUCCUCACCAUCUUCAACCUCACGCACAUCAGCGCCGAGAAGAGGAAAGACAAGGAGAAGCUGGUGGAGAUGCUGCAGGCCAUGAAGCAGAAGACCACGCCGGCCGCCGUGGUGGUGAAGAGCUCCCCGCGGGACAGCCCCGGUGCCCCCAGCACUGAGCCUCCGGUGCCGCCGCUCCUGCUGGACCUGGAUAAACCCGUGGGCAUCGCCGUCUCCGUGCCGGAGGUGCCGAAGGCAGCAGAAGCCUCCAGGUUGGAGCAGCUGAGAGCCCAGGAGCCAGCGAGGCCCAAGGAGUCGGGCACGGCGCCGGAGAAGCCCCGGCUGAGCGAUGGGCACCCCGGGAAGAAGGCUCUGAGCAUCCUCAGCUACGUCAGGGGGCCCCUCCCCAAGGACAUCCCGGUGCCGCUGUCCCACAGCAUGAACGGCAAGAGCAAGCCCUGGGAGCCCUUCAUUGCCGAGGAGUUUGCUCACCAGUUCCAUGAGUCGGUGCUGCAGUCCACGCAGAAGGCGCUGCAGAAGCACAAAGGGGGGACAGUGGAGCAGAACCACAAGCUGGACACCUCCAUCCACUACAAGAUCCCGGAGCUGCAGGCGUCCAGCCGCCUGGCCGGGCCCCCGCACAACGGCACGGCCGAGGGGCCACUGCGGCCACUGCCCCCCCUGGCCCGGGACUCUGCCUCUGAGGACGAGGAGGAGGAGGAGGAGGAAGAGGAGGAGGAGGAGGAGGACUACCCCAGGCCCAAGUGGCAAGGGAUCGAGGCAAUUUUUGAAGCUUACCAGGAACAUAUAGAAGAACAAAACCUGGAGCGCCAGGUGCUGCAGACGCAGUGCCGGCGGCUGGAGGCCCAGCACUACACCCUGAGCCUGACAGCUGAGCAGCUGUCACACAGCAUGGCGGAGCUGAGGAGCCAGAAGCAGAAGAUGGUGUCGGAGCGGGAGCGCCUGCAAGCCGAGCUGGAUCACCUGCGGAAGUGCCUUGCCUUGCCUGCAAUGCAGUGGUCUAGGGGUUAUUUCAAGGGGUACCCCAGGUGACGCUCCUUGGGCCAGGCCGAACAUAUAGUCUAGAAAUAAUAAUCUAUUUUAUUACCUUGAAUAUUUAAUAUUUUUCACUGGGAGGUUUGAAGC